AUGGCGAAUCCCUUCUUGAUGGACGAUGAGCCGAUGGGUGGCUCCGAACCGGCGAAGAACCCAUUCCUUUUCGGUGAUGACGCACAAGACGAAGACGACGGCGCGACGGGGGUGGACGACAAUCCAUUCUUGGCGCAGGCCAGUAACCCGUUUGCGGACUUUGGUGGAGAGGCGGACGAACCGGUUGCAGCUGACACAGCACCCAAUAUGAAUGAUCUGUUUGGGACUACGGGAGUCAACGCGGUGGUCACGACCGGUGCCGAAAUCUUCGGAGUUUCCGAGUCGGUGAUGGCACAGAGUACCCUGUACCAGCAGCCUGCGCAAUCGAAUGGUGCAGCCAACUUCUUCGAUACAACAAUCAACGAAGAAGAUGAUCUAGUCAUUCCAAAGCCAACGCAUCUACAACUGGGUCCUCACACCAACAACAAUCUGAUGGACGACUCGUUGAUGAAUGCCUACUCAAGCGAAGAAGAACUGAAGCAGGUGAAGGCUCCACCGCCUAGGCCGGUACCACCAUCACAGGCAACACAGCAACUGAUCAGCUCGAUCGCCGAUCAGCUCGAUCAAACCAGCACAAAUCUACUCCGACAGAUCCCGGCUACCAGAACGCCCAGUCCGGUGUCCAUGAGAGAUCUACACUCUCCCAGUCCAACACCCGAUUUUGGCGAUCUGUUAUCCGUAGGAGAGCAGUUCAAAACCGAGCAACAAAAUCAACAGGACGAUCUGUUCGGCACUGGUCCGCCAGCGGCCACUGGUAAUGAUAAUCCAUUUGCUGAACCCGCAGUUCCAACCGCAGCGAAACCUGAAGUUCCGAAGCCUCCGCGUCCAAGACCACCUCCACCGCGCCCAGCUCCUCCAAGAAGCUCACUUGCCUCAUCGCCGAUCACGGCACCUCCUCCUAUUCCACCGCAACCUGCGGCUGCUGCUCAACCUCAGCAGGAUGCUGAUCUGUUCGAUCUCUUUGGCCCAGCGCCGGCCAAAACGGCCCCUCCGAAGCCACCAGCUCCAAAGACUAAAGAGGACAUCCUGUCACUAUUCUCAACUCCGGCUCCAGCCGCCGCACCUGCUCCUGAGCCAAAACAAACCGAUCUACUGAGCGGUGAUUUUGACGACAUCUUUGGAGGUCACGCGGAGCCAACCGCAUCGGAAGCCUUCGUUCCUAAUCUAGCAGAGAACCUGGUUCAAACUCAAAUACCAGCUGCUGUCCCAGAACCCACUCAAGUUGAGAUAAAACCGGUGCAACCGGAACCCGAAGCACCGGUGAUUGAGCAACCUGUUGUGGAACCUUCGCCAGAAAUCGUCCUAGAAGCACCACCGCCAUCCGAUGAGCUCAUUUCUCGAUCCGAAGCUUCCUCGGAUUUCAGUCCUACCGGGUCCAACGUCACUUCCGGUAACAUCCCAAGUUCCGUAUCGGGCAGUAUCGUCAACAUUGCUGCGGCAGAAAAACUCGACGAGCUUCACGAGGUGGAACCGGAGGGAAUGGCAGACUACCCGGCUCCUCCGCCGGUGGUCGAGCAAGAAGUACCGAUGGAGUACAAUCACGUAGAUGCCGUGGCGGUCAGCACUGUAGCGGCUCAGCUGUUCUACACUGAACCUGAGACAACCUUUGCGGUACUGGUCGUUGCGGAGACCGUGAAUCCGUUCGCUAUGGACGACGAUGACUCAGAAGCGUACCAAGUGCCAAGUGUAGAGCCAGCCGUGACCACCACGGCCCCCAUGGACUACGCCAAUGAACUGUUUGGAAACACGACCAACAACAAUGUGGGCAGUUCGAUCACGGUAACUGGACCGGAUUCACUGGACAACUUUGUACAACCGCAGGCGCACCGGGAACCGGAUGCGUUCGAUUCGUUCGCCGCCAAGUUUGAGCUGAAGACCAGCAAGAGCGGUACCAACAUCUUCCUCGAGGGUGAUGUGGGCAAUGGAACCUCGGAGGAUGCCUUCGGGACAGCGGAUGCGUGGGGUGCCGGUGGCUUCGGGGGUGGCAGCCAGUUCGACGACGGCGGGGAUGGUUUCGGCAACGAGGGCGACGAUCCGUUCCUGUCGAUGCAAGCCCCACCGGUGCCGGAGGGAACUCCAUUUGGACGAUCGCAUUCCCGGGAUUCGGAUGAUGGUGCUCAGUUCAACGUGGUGAUCAGACCGAAAGAAGGCAUGGAGUCAGUGUUGGCUCCAGCUCUGGCACCUCCCCCGAAAAGUCCACAGACGGCGUCUAUCUAUUCUGGUGAUUCGUCACCUCGAGUGAAUCCAUUUGACAGGGGAGAUGACGGAGAGGCUACCUUGGCGGCCUUACCAGACGCAACUCCGCAACUUCAGCGAACGGAUUCCCAGGAAACGCCACCGACCCCGCUGUUCGACGAAGACGUUUCGCAACCUCUGGAGGACUUCCCACGGGUCAUCUACCACGGAGGCGGUUGGGAGAUGCAGUUGCGUCAGCCAAACAAGAAGAAGAUUACCGGGCAGCGGUUCUGGAAGAAAAUCUACAUUCGACUGGUCUUCCAAGGUGACAAUCCAGUGCUGCAGCUGUUCAACGCUGAAAAGGAUAAGGAUCCCUUCCAAGAGCUACCGCUGCAGGGGUGUUACUCGGUGUCGGAGAUAGGCGCGCAGCAGUACGACAACUUCGGUAAGAUAUUCACCAUCAAGCUGCAGUAUGUGUUCUACAAGGAGCGUCCGGGUGUGAGACCCGGGCAGGUGACGAAAGCGGAGCGUCUGACGAACAAGCUCAGUCAGUUUGCAGCGUACGCCAUUCAGGGUGACUAUCAGGGUGUCAAAGAACUGGGAAGUGAUCUGAAAAAACUUGGGCUACCGGUGGAACAUGCUCCGCAGAUUUCGCAACUGUUCAAGCUAGGAUCGAUGAACUACGAAGACAUGAAGCAGUUCUCUGUGUGUAUCGAAGAGGCGCUGUUCAAGAUGAAUGUGCAUCGCGAUCGAGCAUUGACCUACAAGAUGGAGGAAGUGCAGGUUACGGCUGUGGAUGAGCUGUAUGUCGAACAGGACGCCGAAGGUCACGUACAUAAGCAGAUUGCUCGAGUUCGACUGUUCUUCUUGGCGUUCCUCUCAGGAAUGCCGGACAUCGAGCUUGGAGUAAACGAUUUAUGGCGUCAGGGUAAGGAGGUUGUGGGUCGACACGACAUCAUACCGGUUGUGACGGAGGAGUGGAUCCGUCUGGAAGGUGUGGAGUUCCACACGUGUGUUCAACAGGAUGAGUACGAAAGAAGUCGAACGAUCAAGUUCAAGCCACCGGACGCGUGCUACAUCGAGUUGAUGCGCUUCCGAAUCAGACCGCCGAAGAAUCGGGAGCUUCCAUUGCAGCUGAAGGCCACGUGGUGCGUUACUGGCAACAAGGUGGAGCUGAGAGCCGACGUUCUGGUGCCAGGCUUCGCGUCCAGAAAGUUGGGACAAAUCCCGUGCGAAGAUGUCUCCAUUAGGUUCCCCAUUCCGGAGUGCUGGAUUUAUUUGUUCAGAGUGGAAAAGCAUUUCAGGUAUGGAUCGGUGAAGUCUGCCCAUCGUCGCACGGGCAAGAUCAAGGGUAUUGAGCGGUUCUUGGGCACGGUGGAGACGUUGCAGGAAUCGCUUAUCGAGGUGACUUCGGGACAGGCAAAGUACGAACACCAUCACAGGGCAAUCGUGUGGCGAUGCUCAAGGCUUCCCAAGGAGGGUCAAGGAGCCUACACGACGCACCAACUGGUAUGCCGAAUGGCGUUGACCAGUUUCGACCAGAUUCCUGAACAGCUAGCUCCGUAUGCUUACGUAGAAUUCACGAUGCCUGCUACACAGGCGUCUCAUACGACCGUAAGGUCGAUUAGUGUGCAGGAAUCGGAGAGCGACGAACCUCCGGAGAAAUACGUUCGAUAUCUAGCUAGGCACGAAUACCGGGUUGGAAUCGAGCAUACUACGGGUGAAUCGGUGAAUGCUUACCUAGCGGCUACGACUGUGUCGAAACCGAUCCAGGAGGAACAACCGAUGGCAACAACGCCAAUUGCUCCGAGUGAUUCGGACUCGGAUUCGAACUAAAGUGAACGAAGAGUAGGUAAGUGUUGUCAUCAAGCAAUACUAAGUUCCGCUGAUUUAGCAAGGUAGACAGCAGUAGUAGGCGCUUUGGAUCCGUUUCCAUGGCGAUGGACAUAUGACAGAUAUUGUAAAGUAAAAUAAUGCUUUCAGAAUAAGGUGUAGCUUGAAUAUUACAACAAUUGAAUGAAUUAUGCAACAUUUAAUCUAUGAUGGUGAACAAACCGAAUCUGUGAAAGACGAAACAAAUAUAUACUUAGGUGUUAUUGAAUUAUAUUAGUUUGACAAUAAAGCGUAUUGUGUAAAACGUAAAUGAGUAAGCUUACGAGGAACAAAUGACGAUAAGUAUUACCACAAGUUGUAUCAUUAGUGGCAAAAGUUAGUUUUCAUUGGCGUAAUUUUGUUCAGUGUAUGCGUUUGUUUGUUGAAUUUUUCGAGACGAAUGAAUAAUUAUUGAACAUCCUUGCUUAUGUAUAUUUGAUUCCCAUCUAAAGUCUGUAAUUGCAUACUAGUCAUUAGUUUAAAAGUAGUUCUUGAUCUAUAUAGCAUAUGCAAUCAGACUACCAAACCAAAUGAAGCAUGUAAUAUUUAUCAUAGAAUACACAAAUGAAGAAUGACAUCAAAUCUAUAGCGUAACAAGUGAAAUUAUUAUGUAUUAAAUUAUUAUCCUUGUGCUCGAGCUAUAAUAUUAAACAGCAAAACAAA